AUGUUUGACAGUUAUUAAACAUAAAAUUGUAUUGACUAAACAAGGAAUGAUUUGCUAAUUCUAAAACAUGGUGAAACUAAGUACUUUUAUUAAAAGAAUAGUUGUAAUGUGUUUUUUCAUAAGUAUUUUCAAUAUAAAUGCCUAUGUAAAAUCCCUCAUCAAACUUUUCUAGCAUUAUUUUCUAUCCUUACUAGCCAACAAAAACAAUUCCAAGAUGACAGAAACCAAGAAUUUUGCCAAUAAAGCCCUCAAUUAGUCUUUCUACAAUAAAAACUUAUUUAAGCUAAAAAUUCUAAAAUGUAGCUUUUAAUUUUUUAAGAUUUUCUUUUUUGUUAUUAUUAGAUCUUUUCAUGCUUUUGGAUGGAAAUAAACCGCCAAGAAGGUAAUUUAGAUAUUUUUAGAAAAAUAAAGAUCAACAAGCUUGCCCACACUACUUAGAUUAGGUAAGAAAGAUUAGAUUUUAAGUUUAUUUAAUUUAAUUAAAUUAUAUUUUGA